UUUAACACACUAAUGUGUCCUAAAUCACACAAUUUGUGUCAUAGAUGUGCUAUUCUUAAAGGUGCACUGUUUAAAUAUUUGAAGAAUAUCAACAUGUGUUAAGAAGAAUGACACACUGGUUGAGUUCAAAUUAACACAAAAUGUGUUGUCCUUAACAUGACACACAGAUGGACACUGAUGUGGAGGCGAGCAGUGAAAUAGAUGAAAUCCUCCAGCAGAUCGUGGAACUGGGUAAAUGGAGAGAGAUAUUUAACUCCCACGGGUUGGAAUUACCACAGGGCUACGUUAAAAGACCUAGUGAGAAGAUCAAAUCUGAAGAGGACAGUGACGAGUCCUCUAGACCUGCCACCUCGGCCCAUCACAUUGGAGCACAGAACGAGCAGUUCACAUCGCCCCACUCCAUUCCUCGAACCCUCACAGUGUCUCCGAGUCUGGGUGGGCAACCGCUGUCACCAGAGCUGGCGGUGAGUUUAAGAAAUAUUUUAUUUGGGAACACGUUCCAUAUAUUCAACUAUGAGUGGAAGAAAUCAUUCUUCAAGUUUCGGGAGCCUUUUUCUGACAUGCCAUAUGCUCUGGAGACUGAGAGGGUGGGAGGAGCCUGUGCUAUUCAGAUGGUGGUUCAGGCUUAUAUUAUUAAAUAUUUGCUCUUCAACCGGCCAAUUAACUCAGAGUGCACAAUGCAAAGUAUGGUGACGGUAGGGGAGAAGGAGCAGAGGAAGGCGCUGGCAGCCGCUCUAACUGACAUCUUGUGGACAGCUGGUGAGGAGCAGACAGCCACCGUCUGCUUGGUCGCAUCAGAGCGCUGUUUCACCCCCAACAUGGACUACAAACUGGACAACUUCACAGAGAGAUUGCAGCUUUUCACCUUUAAAAAGAAAGAUGAUGUUAGAUCAUUUAUAUGCGAGCACAUCCAAUGUUUUAAGGAAGAAGGAAGCCAUGGAAUCAUACUUUUUCUGUAUAGCCUUAUCUUCUCCAGGACUAUUGACAGGAUACGGGCAGACUUUGACUGUACCACCACUCAUCUUUUGCAUGUGAGCUUGGGGAACUCUGUUUGUCGACAGGCUUUAUUAAACCUGCUGUUGACGGGCCGUGCGACCCCUCAUGUCUUCAACGGUACGUCACUGAACGAUGAGCAAGACGAAGCACUCGCCCAGCCUCUCCACGGGGUCCUGACUCGCAGUCACAUCGGAUAUCUGCUCUGGAACAGAGAGCAAGUCCACCACGCACAGCUCCCCCUGGUGGGCAGUAUGCUGAAAACCCCCAAGCUACCUAUCUGGGUGUGCAACAUCAAUGGCACCUACAGUGUUUUGUUCAGCCCAAACCGUUCGCUGCUCUCUGACUGGAAGAUGGAGCAUCUUUUCCACCUUUACUUCUACAAUGGCCAACCAACUCAGCUUAACACAACAAUGCUCACCAUAGAUACACACUCCCAUCAUUGGGAGGCUGAAAAAAAUGAUAUUCAAGGCGACCCAGAGAAAAAGUUUCCAUCUGUAGAGAUGACCAUUAGGACCAAGUGGGAGGGUUCUGUUAUUGACUGGAAUGGGACAGUGCCUUUUUUCUGAAGAGGAAUAUAGCAGGUCACCUGAUUUGAAGCAUAUCUCUCCUGGCCUGCAAUAAAGAAUAUUUUAUUGGUUUUGAUUUGGGCUUAAUUUUUGACUUUCAUUUUGGCUUGUGAACCUUAAUAACAUUACCUUUCACAACCUGCCCAUUUGACCAUUUUGGCAUCUGAGCAUUUAACAAAAGUGAAAACCUAAAAUAUGUAAACACAUGGCAAAAAAGCUAAGUCUUUUUCUCGAUUGUUAGAAAUAUAUUCAAAUCUGGUUUCCACAUGUCCCACAGAUGGCUAAGUCUAUUCUGGUGCUAUAUCAUUUAGCCUCCAUACUGUUUUUGUCCUAUUUAGAUCCGAUAUGGGUUCAAAUUGCUUG